AUGUCCUCCACUACUUUGCGCGCCAUCACGCAUCGCCUGACAACUACCCCGGUCGAGCAAUUACCCCCGAUAGCUUCGUUCCUUGCGACUUCAUUGAACGAUUGCGCUGAGCUGCUCUCUACUCCUCAAACCCAGAAAUCUGGCAAAUCGGACUCCGACAAUGCCGUCCAAAUUCACAAACUGAAGACUAGACUGGCCAGUCUGUUGCAGGACCGCAGUGUUGAGGGAAGAUGGACCGCCGUUAUUCUGGUGAAAGCUACAGUUGAAGCCGGUCAAUGGGAAAUGCUGCGCGGCUAUGAGCCUAUUGUUCGCAGCUUGAUCAGCAUCCUCUCGAAACCGGAUCCAAUCUCCACGAGAAAGAUGUGUAUUAUCACACUCACUCGUAUCUUCCACCUCACAUACCAGUACCCAACACUUGUCCGUGAGAUUACAACCCCGCAGCUUCCUGGAUUCAUUACCGCCGCCUUGAACCUGGUCUCAACCAUCACGAAGACUCCCUCGGGUUCAGUCCGAAAGCCGAAGCCCAACACUCCAUUCAUGGAAAUUGUCCUGCACGCCUUGCUGGAAUUGAUCCCAAGACAUGUCACCCUCUUCCGUCCGUUUGGUGCCCAGCUUCGAACUCUUCUCGUUGAAGUAAUUGGCUCUUCCUCGCCUGCGUAUUUCCCGGAGCAGGUGAUCGACGUAGCUGAGCAGCUGCUUGUCUCUCUCCACAAAUGCGCACCCAAGGACCAGGCGGGCUCUGGAUGGAAGGAUGAUUGCAAGUCGACGAUUUUGUCCAUCCACAGAACUACAGACCACGUUUUCCGAGCCGUUGUAGAGCAGUGGGAGUCUGUCGAUGCGACUCUGGUGCACACACGCCCAAACUACAGCCAAGAAAUGGGCGACGGGGGCCCAGAUGGUCUUGGACUUCCAGGCUGGAGUGGACUGCACUCGGGCGUGGAUAGGUUGGUUGCGCUUCUGCAGAUUCUCUCUGAUUUCAUCGCGAUGCCAUCCGCAGCUGCAGUUGCCCUUCCGAUUGGCUGUAUCCUUGAUUUAACCUCCCGACUUACUUCUGUCACUGUUCCUCCAAACGGUGCUGUUUCGUCUCAAUCUGGUAUCCAGUUCAACCAGGAAAUUAGCCGUGACGAACGAGAGGCACUUUGGAUGGAGCUGCCUCGCAUUCACAUUGCAUGCAUGAGCUUGCUUUCCCACGUCGUCGGCAUCUUGGCCACCAGCGCGACCUCAGUAACACAGACUAUUCUAGAGCAGGCUGUCUGGACUUUCAAGGGCGAAAAGUUCAAUAGAGACCUGCGUUCGGCAGUCUAUGCUUUGCUUCGUUCUCUGGUGCCAGUGAACGGACCUGCGAUGACGAGACAGAGCGUGGUAUCUUUGACGAACGUCCUACGCUCUUGCUGCAAUGAUCUGUUGCCAUCGACUGGAGAUUCCAGCUCCACGGGUAAUUCAGGCUCUGACUCUAAAGCAAAGUCAAAGGGCGGACAAGGAACAGCUAAUGCAGAUGCCUUUUUGAACCCUGAUCUUCAGAAAUCCCGUCAGGCACAAUCAGUCUCUCCGUUUUUGGAAGUUCAGCAAAAUGCAUCCGGGCUUUUGCAGGCCGUGUUCCUUUCUAUCCCCGCCGAGCUUGUUCCGCCCUCCAUCAGGGCUGAAAUGGACCGCUCCGUCAUUUUGACCUCCGACAAGAAUGCGAUGUUUGCCAGCGUACUCAACCCUGUCCCGGCAGUCAAGGGCCGUGGAGCAGGAUCGAGCAUCAUUCCAUUCUUGACUAGGCCUUAUGCUGAUCAGAUGGAGGUGGAGGCUCUGGUCCGUCCCAGGAUGCCAAUCUUGAUGACCGCGCCCGAGCUUGACGCCUAUGUCGACGAAGACGAAGAAGCAGCAGACGAGGAAAUGGCCGAUGAUGGAUACAACGCCGCCCCAAAGACUACUGAAUUCCUGAAGCAACCUGUGUCGGCGCCCUUGCAAGUACCAAAGUCAGACGAUUCGAAGACCGCAACUCCUGUGCCUACUUUCCACAAGCGGACCUACACCGAGGAAUCCACAGCCGAGGAGCCAACACCGCAGAAGCAGGAGGUUCAGAUCAAGAAGGCGCGAUUCGACGAAAUUAUCUCAACCACCUCGAGCCAACGGCCUUUCUCUCAGUCGGCUCCUACAAUAACCAACGCCGAGGCCCCCAAGGUUUCAACGCAGGUGUCCACCGCAUCUACGACCGUGACCACACAGGCUCCAGAGGAGGAGGAAGACAGCGGUGAUGAAAUGCCCACCUUAAAUAUGGAUUCGGACACCGAUGAAGAGGAUGACGAUGUCACAAUGGACGGGUAG